ACAACAAAAAACAAUUACAUUUCUGUAAUUGGCAGCAAGAGUACCCGGUGCGGUUUUUGGAAAAUAUGGCACCUUGUGCGAGUAUGUGUGUAGAAGUCCAUUCACAAAUUAGAGAUUUCACGCAAAUAAAAGUUGAACCUGUUGGUAAAUGGUUUGAAAGCUUUCAGUCUCAUAUAGCUAAUGAAUAUACGAAUAAUAUCUCUCUCGAAGAUUCAGAUUUAAAUGAAGAUGAUGAUGAUGAAUUGCAAGAAGCAGAGUUCGAAGAUAAUUCUGAUUAUCUUAGAAAGUUAGAUCCAAAAGAUUGGAAGAACCAAGAUCAUUAUGCAGUAUUAGGUUUAAAGAAAAAGCGUUUUUUAGCUAAAGAUAAUGAUAUAAAAAAGGCUUAUAGGAAAAAAGUUCUUCUUCAUCAUCCUGAUAAGCGUCGAUAUGCUGGUGAAAAUGUUAAAGAUCUUGACCAUGAUUAUUUUACAUGCAUAACUAAAGCUUAUGAAGUUCUUGGAAAUCCUGUUAAGCGUCAGUCUUAUGAUAGUGUUGAUCCAGAGUUUGAUGAUGACAUUCCUCCAGUUACAAAUUAUUCCAAAGAAAAUUUUUUUGAAGUAUUUCAGCCUGUUUUUGAAGCAAAUUCAAGAUGGUCUACAAAACAGCCAGUACCUAGUUUAGGAAAUAAAGAUUCUCCAUUUGAUCAAGUUGAUGCAUUUUACAGUUUUUGGUAUGAUUUUGAUUCAUGGAGAGAGUUUUCUUACCUUGAUGAAGAAGAAAAGGAAAAAGGCGAAAACCGAGAAGAAAGGAAAUGGAUAGAAAAACAGAACAAGAUAGCUAGGCAAAAGCGCAAAAAGGAUGAAAUGGCCAGAAUACGGCAGUUGGUAGGUGAGUGAUGAUUUUGUUGAAAAAA